UCCAGAACUGGGUUGAGAUGCUGGCCUAAUUCCUGUCUGUCUAAGCUUCUGAAAAUCCUUCAGGGAUGGAGAACUUGGAUCUUCUAUCCUAAAGUCAGAGGACUGAGUUCCACUUGGCACUAACAGAAAUGGAUGUUUCUUACAAUACAAGCUGCAUCAGUUGAACUUGCAGUACCAAGAUGCUGUAGAAUCCAGGCAUGCUCAGCCUAUGUGGCUGAAGAAAAGUGAAGCACAGAAGUCACCUGCCUGCACAACAGAGAUCCUCUUCUUUUUUGGUGACUCCUAAGGCAUCCUUGUUGUCUACAGCUUGUCAAAUCAGGGUUGUAACAGAGCUAUAGACUUACACCCUUGUAGUAGCUCUUUUCAAUCUCACCUACCCCUUAAAGAGAGGAACAACCGGUGGAGGCAAAGCAUGUGACCCUGGAAACUCUUGGGUGUAGGUACUUAAUCUCUAGCCAAGCUCUUCCAACAGCUAGUCUAACCUAACCUCCAGUGUGGCCCUUUAUUUCUCACAAAUAGAAGGGAUAAAAUAGCACUAUAUUGCUACCUCUGCAUCGCUCUUCUCCAAGGUCUCCUUCAGCCGCAUCACAACCCAAAGUGGAAAAAGCUGUAUCCCCAUGAGAUGAGAGAGCUAACAAGCUCCUUGGCCUUUCAGUUUAUAUAAGGGGACAUCAGAGAUGGCAGAUGGAAUUGGAAAGUCUACACUACAGGAAAUGUAAGGGUUGGCCAUCCUACCUUCAAGGUUUGCAGUUCUCUUGAUGGGCAUAGUGGUGCAUACUGGUAAACUCAGCAUUCUGAGAGGCUGAGACAGGAGGAUCACAAAUUCAAACCCAGCUGGGCAAUUUUUUUAGCCCAGCUAAUUAGCUAAUUGGCUCAAUUCAGCAAUUGAGAACCUGUCUCAACCACAACAACAACAACAAAAGGUAAGGGGAUAUGUAGCUCAGUGCAGUGUCUGGGAUCGAUCCCCAGUACCCCAAAAGGGAGGGGAGAUUGGCAGUUCAUAUGAGGAAGGGGUCAUUGUGUACUGAAGGAAGAUAAAACCUUUCUUCCCCUAUCAACUAAACCAUCUACCUGAUGGUUAAGCCCUCUUUGGGCACCUCCGAUGUAAAUCCUAGCCUAUCUUUUCUAGUAGCUACUACAGUUCCCUUCAUCUCGUGGAUAAGAUAUUAGAGGAACUGGGGGUAGGGGAUGCGUAAGGAACAAAGCAGUACUACAGAUUCUUCAUUUCCUUACAGGAUAGCACAUACCCUCUGUCUCCCCACAGAUGGGAAAGCAAUCUAAUGUGGCUUAUAGGGCCGAAAGAAUUCAAAUGACCUCUUAGCAGAUUUCAGCCCUUUCCAGCCUAAAGAAUUGAGACUAGAUCAGUGCUUGAAGACAGAUAUAUAAACAUGGGGCUACUAAAAAACUGGCCAUAGAAGGUAAAUCUGGUCCCUAAAGUAGGCCUAGGGAAAAUAGAAUCGGGGGUGCUGGGGUUUUAGUUCAGUGGCACCACACCUGCCUUGCAAGUGCAAGGUCCUGAGUUUGAUCCCUGGUACCAGGAAAAAAAAAUGGGGAAGUGUUUGAACUGUGGGGAAAUGGCAUGGACAAAUCUGUUUAUAGCUCAUCUUGAUUUUGUCUUUAGAUAUCUAAACUCCCCUCAAAUGAGUAUAUAGCAUGAGCAGAAACUGACCCUGACAAUCCAGUGUUCCUCAGGGAUGAACAAUCAGAAUCAAAGAAGAGUAGCUCUGGGGGAUGGGAGGAGUUAGGGUCCAGCCCUGCCCUAGACCUCCAGUGUCCAAUUUCUCCAUGUCAGCUGUGCUGCUCAGCUGUCUGCUUUCCUCCAGCCCUGUCAUUUCAGCUCUAACACCAAGUUGAGAGGCUAGGAGGCCUACAAAUACCAUUUGGGUAGCUGGUGUGAGUACAAAGGGUACUGGGGGGGGCUUAGCCCCCAAGGAAGAAGAUCAAUCUUCCCCUAAUAUCAUCAAGGCCUCAGGCCCUCCUUCCUCCUCCUACAGACUGUGGACUGAUUUAGGGAAUCCCAAACGAUGACAGAGGUGCUGGAGUCUCCUAAGCCCUCCUUACCAGCAGAGACUCCGCAAAGUGGGCUAAAGCGACUAAAGCAGUUGUUCAGGAAGGGGUCUCCAGAUACAAAAGAGAUGGAGCUUCCUUCAGAGCCCCAGGCCAAUGGUGAGGCAGUGGGGGCUGGGGGUGGACCCAUCUACUAUAUCUAUGAGGAAGAAGAAGAGGAGGAGGAGGAAGAGGAGCCACCCCCAGAACCUCCUAAGCUUGUCAAUGACAAGCCCCACAAAUUCAAAGAUCAUUUCUUCAAGAAGCCAAAGUUCUGUGAUGUCUGUGCCCGGAUGAUCGUGCUCAAUAACAAAUUUGGGCUCCGCUGUAAGAACUGCAAAACCAACAUCCAUGAACACUGUCAGUCCUAUGUGGAGAUGCAGAGAUGCUUCGGCAAGAUCCCACCUGGUUUUCAUCGGGCCUAUAGCUCUCCACUCUACAGCAACCAGCAGUACGCUUGUGUCAAAGAUCCCUCUGCUGCAAAUCGAAAUGACCCUGUGUUUGAAACCCUGCGCACUGGAGUGAUCAUGGCAAACAAGGAACGGAAGAAGGGACAGGCAGAUAAGAAAAAUCCUCUAGCAGCCAUGAUGGAGGAGGAGCCAGAGUCAACCAAGCCAGAGGAAGGCAAAGACCAGGAUGGAAACCCUGAAGGGAACAAGAAGGCUGAGAAGAAGACUCCUGAUGACAAACACAAGCAGCCUGGCUUCCAGCAGUCUCAUUACUUUGUGGCUCUGUAUCGGUUCAAAGCCCUGGAGAAGGACGAUCUGGACUUCCCGCCAGGAGAGAAGAUCAUAGUCAUUGAUGACUCCAAUGAAGAGUGGUGGCGGGGGAAGAUUGGGGAGAAGGUCGGAUUUUUCCCACCAAACUUCAUCAUUCGCGUCCGGGCUGGAGAACGUGUGCACCGCGUAACAAGAUCCUUUGUGGGGAACCGCGAGAUAGGGCAGAUCACUCUCAAGAAGGACCAGAUCGUGGUGCAGAAGGGAGAUGAAGCUGGUGGCUACGUCAAGGUCUACACCGGCCGCAAGGGCCUAGAACACCUGGUGUCCAGAGCAGCCUUUACCCGCAACCCCUCGAGUCCAGCCUACAAGAGCCGGAAAAAGAAUGUUUCUCCAGUAAGAGGCACCGAGGGGUGUCGCGGGGACGAACUGUCUAAUGUUGCAAAUUUAUUAAAGUUUUGACAAAAGUAUAACAAGUUUGUUCUUUCA